AUAUGUGUUGGUGAUAUCACUCAUGUUACUUUCUCUCUCCUCUCUUGCUUGUGUUCGCACACACGUUACACACUUCCUGUGAAACUGCCUUAGUAUGAGCGGCUUUCUUCUCUCUUCUCAUUCUGCUCAGUGCCUCCAAGCGCUGUGCACUGACCUCUCUCUGCUCACCUCCUUCAUCCUGCCGUUUUCCACCAGGAACCUGGACUGAGCCCUUAUAUGGCCCCUGCGUGCGCUCUCCAAGGGAACUCAGAGAGUGAGAGAAGCCGUUCUUGGAAAUGAGCCUGUUCUGAGAAAGCAGAAGUUACUGAGAGGUGUUUUGGCUUGUUCAUGUCAGUCGGUUGUCUGCUGGCUUCUCUUCACCAUGGCAGCAGCUCUGCCUGCGUGCUACCAUGGCGCCAUGACUAAGAAGGAGUGUGAGGAUUUGCUGGGAAGGAAGAACAAGGAUGGAGCUUACCUGAUUCGAGACAGCGAGACCAUCCAGGGAGCCAUGUGUCUUUGUGUCUAUAAACAGAAGGUGGUGUACACCUACAGACUGCUGCAGUCACACAAUGGAUACUACACCCUCCUGACAGCCGGGGGUUUGGAUGAGACAUUUUUUAAGACUAUUGACGAUCUGAUUCGUCACUACAAGAGGAAGAACCAGGGUCUGGCCAUGCAUCUGCGCCACUCAGUCAAAAGGAAGACGGCCUUGCUGAUCCAGCCACACAGAGAGGUGCAAGCACAGCCUUCAAAGUCACCUGAACAGAGGCCACGCAGGACUGAAUGUGAGCAAUGGAGGCAGCCUGACACCGUACCUGAGGAAGAACAUGAUUACGAGAAUGCUCCUGAAUCUGAGUACGUCGAAGUCCUUCCUGAUUAACGUCGGCCAUCAAACACCAAAUGAGACUUUUGGGGGAAAUCAGUGACAAGAAGCUCACAGGCUGGCUCUCAUUCAGGAUGAUGACAUGUGGACGUGGACACACUGUACCUACAUACAUCAUCAUCAUCGCCACGUGUGCAAGAGUAUCAAAACUUUUACUGCAGCUGAAUUAUUCAAAAUGCUCUUGGAUCAGGAUUCCAGGAGAUGCACUGGAUUUGAAGAAAUCCACCCUUCGACUCAGUGCUCCCAUCAGGAUGAACUGCAGUAACUCCACCGCCCUUUUUUCCUCCACUGCCGUCAUCUGGUCAAAAUAUGAACUAACUGCAAUACAAACCUGAGACGCAACAGCUUUUUCUUAUUAAGUUAUUCUGCUGGUUCCUGGGCUGAAGGAGCCAGGCCGCUCGUGGAUCCACCCAAGUGAUAAACUUUUAGGUUUUGUUGUUUUUAUUAUCAAAAGCAUAUGUAAAUAUAGAUUUAUGUAUAUUUUUUAUUGUAACAGAAUUAUGUAUUUGCUGAAAUGCUGUCACCUGGUUUAUGAAAUGAGGAGCAGAAAGUGGGCAGGAAGAAACUCAUCCUUAUGAAAAACACGAUAAACACACUCUGGCGGUUUAUUUUCCAUAUAACAUCUUUAAGGCUAAUGUUGUACUGUGAGGUUUACUCUUCAUUUUCCCGUGAGCUACAGAGCUCUCCGAAGUGGUUUAGACUUUGUGUAUACGUCUAAUUAUUGAAGACAAAAAGAAACUGUCCAUGGCAGCAAAAUGAAAUAAAAUGUCUCACAUUGUA